AGUUUUGUUAACGUGUAAUGAGUAAGAGAAGCUAAAACUAAUUCAAGUCAAGUACAAAUAGUCACAUUUCAUAUCACCAAAGAUAAAUUAAAAAUGGAAUUUCAGCCACUCAUUUUCGUUUUUCUUGCAUUAGUUUUGGCUGCAAAUGCUCUUAAACCCAAUGAAUGUGAAGUAUGUAUCAAAACUUUGAAUAAGUUCUCAGCCACUUUAGAUGAAAGUACGCGAAAAGAUCCCAAAAAGAUUGAGACUGAGUUUAAGAAGUAUUGUAAAGGAUUAAAAAAUAAGGAACAUCGAUUUUGUUACUACUUGGGAGGACUGGAGGAGAGUGCGACUGGAAUUCUAGGAGAGAUGUCCAAACCUCUUUCAUGGUCCAUGCCUUCAGACAAAAUCUGUGAAAAGCUCAAGAAGAAAGACGCACAAAUCUGUGAACUCCGAUAUGAUGUAGAGAUAGAUUUAAAAACAGUAGAUCUGAAGAAACUUAAGGUCAGGGACCUGAAGAAAAUUUUGAAUGACUGGGGUGAAGAUUGCGAGGGAUGUAUAGAAAAGAGUGAAUAUUUGAAAAGGAUAGAAGAGCUAAAACCUAAACAUGUAGAACUGUGAAAAAUGUGAAAAAUUAGGAUGUUUUUAAAUUGUAUUAGCUCAUUGGACUGAUGGUUUUUAGAGUUGUUAUGGAUAUUUUUUUGCCAAAGAGAACGUUUUAUACAACAAAUCAUUCUAAAUUUUAUUAAGAAAAGUUAAUAUAUCAGUUUCUACAUUUUUUGUUUCUAAUAACAUUACAUUGUAUUAUAAAUAAGUAUUUUAAUUUAUUGCCAUUUAUAUAAAAAAUAAUGGGUAUAAUUAACAACUCUAUAAAUUAGUGAAGUGGUCACUUUGGUGAAUUCUUUUUAAAUUAUCCAACAUACAUUUGUUAUGUUGUGUCAUUUGUUCCAUACUUUCAAGUGAAUGUAUUUUUUGACAUUUCUUAUUAAUUUAUUUAUUACAGUAGGUAUCUGUGACUUUGUAUCAUUCGAUUUGUAAUAUAAAAUAUAUUUUUGAUUG